UCAUUUCCGAAAACAGUAUUUCGGAAGUUCAUUUCCGAAAUGCUGCGCGUUAUGCAGAUUUAUCAAAACACUCCCCCUCCCCCAUUCAUUUACCCUAACUCAAAUCAAAAACAAGCAAAGGCGAAAAUUUGUGCAAACACACUUCCAAGGCUGCAUCAAGGCUCCAAUCACAUUGCUAUACAACAUUCAAAAGCCCACAAAUCACUCAAUUUGAACAUGUCAGACAACCAACCAGCACGCAUCAGACAGGGUAGGGAGACCCAGACUGCGUCGGCUAGAGAGGGAAUGGGUGGCGCUAAGGGAAGAAAGGGUUCUUCAACCUCGUGCUCUCGCGGAGUGAAGGAGGUGAAGGAGGUGAAGGAGAAGAAGAAGGUUUUGACUGGUUCUGCUUCUCGUCCCCUGGGGGUCCAUGGCUCGGACGUGCAGGCUCAGUCUUCAGGCGUGAGAGUCAUGAUCAACGCGUGA